GUGAGAGGGAGGGGACUCCCGACACUUCGACGCGGUACGGAAAUCCGGAUUCAGGUGAAUGGGGUUCCCGGACUGCUGGAGCUGACGCCUGCAGGAGCAGGGAGAAGGGGGGAGGGGGGUGGUCUGGCGCUUCUGCAUCCCUCCAGGUGCCUCAGAAGCCCCCGGUCACUUUUCUGACUCCCGAUCCGCCACCUUUCCGUUUCCAUCCUGGUCCCCAGUUCCGAUUUAAGCAGUUUUGCCAGGAAGGAAGGAUCUCUAAGACCAGAGGAGGAAACCCGGGAUUUCAGUCCCUCUCUCUCCCUCCCCUUCUGGCAUCUUCCCCAAGAAGGUUUCUCGGAAGGUCUCUCUUUUCUCCGCGCCCUCCCAGAAAGAGGGCCGUGGGGGUGGCAUGGCUUCCCCCCCAGACGGCCACCCCCUGAAACCCGCCCCGGCCAAACCUCUCACGGACCUCGAUUUCCACUCUGGAGCCCGGAUCGAAGAGCUCAACCAGCUCAUCCAAGAGUACCACGCCAGGAACCCAGGCGUCCGGGAAGGCCCGGAACUGCACCAGGCAAAGGACGUCGUCUUCUCCCUCUUAGGUGUGGUUCAGAGCUCUGACGGGAAGCUUCCAGCAGUCAAUCGAUACCUGCUUCUCUCCGGAGGGGUCCAGCAAGGCACCGUCGAUGUGGACCUGGCUGUCCCACACCACCUCUCUCCCGGAGGGGACUAUGACGUGGACUUCACCCUCCUGGUGCCCAUUCUUCACGCUGCCGGGGUCCCCGUCACCUUGGACAUGAAGCAGAGCCCCCCCGGCCACGCCCAGAUCAGCCUCCGGCCCUUCGAGCCCGCCACGCUCCACCGCUGGUCGGACUGUUGCCUGGGAGACGAGGCCUACCUGUCCGCCGAGCUGGUCUCCGCCUGGCUCGCCCACUCCUUUGCUGCCGCCGCCAAAGACACGCGGGUCGAGCGCCGGGGCUGCGUCACUUCGGCGGUGGUCUCCGUCGGACACUGCCGCGUCCUCUACGACCUCGUCCCGGUCGUGGCCUUGAAGGGGUGGCCGGAAGUGGCCCAGCCUUGGCUGACUCAGGCCCAUUUCUGGGACGGCAAGCUGAGAGACGAGGAAGUGGCUGGGGGCUUCUACCUCUUGCCCGCGGCCUCUGGUGCCCGCUGGCGCCUGGCCUUCUCGACCAGCGAGUUGCACCUCAGGCGGAUUCUGCCCCAGCCUGUGCUCCAGGCUUUCCGAGCGGCCACGGCCGUCCUCGGCCGCCACCUCCCCGAGGGCUUCGGCCCUUAUCACAUCUUCACCUUGGUGCUCCGGGCCUGCGAGCGGCUGCCCGCCAGCUACCUGGGCCGAGAGGAGAACACCGCGCACGCCUGGCUGGGCCUGCUGGACGACCUCUCGGCCUGCUUAGUCCACCGGUGCCUUCCUCACUACUUCCUCCCCCAGUGGAACGUUCUGGAAGGCCUUUCCCGCCGGGACCUGGAGCGCCUGGCUCGGGAGCUGGCCGGGGUGAGGGCCGAUCCUUCCAAGUGCCUCCGCCAAGCGGUGGAAGGGGCCAAAGACGCCAAGAGGUUAGCCAAAGCUUUUCGAAACCAGGGUUUCUCCCCGGUUGCCCCAUAACGCCUUCAGAGGGGCUGGUGCCUCGGCUCGUGAGGCAGAAGGGCCUCAGGCGCUGCCCUCGGGAAAGUUGUUGGCAUCAUUUUGAGGGGGUUUUUGAGUGCCUCUCCCUUCCCCCCACCUCUGUGGGCCGCGGAGUUUGGUGGGGAUGUGGGAGACUGACGGCCAGGGUUCCGGAGUUUUCUCCUGGGGGAGGGAACGCUCCAGGGUGGAGGUGGGCAGGGGGACCCCCUCCGGCCCUCCAGCACCUUAUUGGGCACACGAGCCUGCCAGACCGAAGGGUCGCCUCACGGGCGUCUCCUCUCACAACCACCGCUCAAGUGUCCUUCAGGGCCAGGCCCACAGUGGCUCUCUGCCCUCAGCCGAGGGCUCCGAGUGGGGUGGAGACCCAGAGAUGACCCGGAGGUUGACAAAUGCACUGCCCCACUAAGGGUGAGGGAUGCUGGGCGUUCCUCCCCAAACCUGCCACUGGUGCCUUAAAUUGACCUUUUCCCUGCCAAACCUCACCUCCCCCCUCAACGUCGGUCCAGAUCGCCAUUUUCUCCCAGGCUCUGACAGAGUUGUGCCGAAGAGAGCACCUCCCGAAGUAUUUUCAACGUUGCUGAAGGCAGCAGGGGCUUCGGGAGACCUCCGGCCUGAUAGUGGGAGGGGGGGGGGAAGUACCACAACCAAAUGUUGGAAAGCUGGAGGCCACGCCUUAAGGUUCAGGAAGCCGCUGCCAUCGGCCAUCCAGGAUUCGACAGAGACCCUCGAUGCAAUAAUCGUAUUCUGGAGAAGGCGUGACUCCAGAUCCUUCAUGAAAUCGUGUUUGUAGGCUGCUCUUCUAACUAGAACAACGUCUGGGUGAAUGCAAAUUUAAAAGAGAAGACAAUCCCGAUAUUAUUUUUGUGCCACGGUAAUGAGAUUCUUUCGGGGGGGGGACCGCAGGGUGCUUUGUACCUAUC